AUGCGUUUUAAGGCGUCUAUACAGAACACCAACACCUUCACGAAGCUCACCGCGUCGUUCAACUCGCUGGGACCGCUGGCGUGGGUGAAGCUCGAUGCCGAGCAUGUACACUUCACUGUCAUCCCAGAACAAGGUACACAAGUGUGGGCAGUUGUGUCUAUCGACAGCAUCUUCGACACCUACACAGUACAAUCGGCCGCGAACAACGUCAUCAAUCUCGAAGUCCCUCUCGUCCUUCUGAACAGGGCGCUCAAAACGGCUUGGAAUGCCUCGUCGGCCCAGAUCCGCCUCACCAAGAAAGACAACGUGCCACUGCUGGCUCUGACCAUUGUGACAACAUCCUCAAGCUCCCACGCCGGGUUCCCGACCGCCCCAACAAACAAUGAUGACGGUUUUGAUGCACCAUUCGAGCAACAGCUCGGAGGAAACAGCCGCGAGACGAUCAUUACACAAGAGGUGCCAGUGAGGGUGCUCGCACCGGACGUGGUCGCCGGACUGCACGAACCCCAGUGUCGUGAGCCGGACGUUCACAUUCUGCUGCCACCCCUGUUGCAAUUAAAGAGCAUCAGUGACCGCUUCACAAAGCUAUCACUGAUUGGGAAGUCUGGAAAUGGGUCGGCUGCGCCGCGCACGCGAUUGGAGUUGUCAGCAAACAUGCAUGGGUGCCUCAAGCUAAGCAUCAAGACCGAUGCCAUGAGCAUAUCCUCCCUAUGGACGGAUCUCAGCAACCCGGAAUUGGAUCCAUCACAGAUAACCAUGGACAUAGCUGACCACCCUAGCACAAAGAUGAAGCAACUGGGAAGCGCCGACGGGCGAAGCGAGGAGGGCUGGGCAACAGUUCGCAUUGAUGCUCGCGACUGGGGGAAAGUCAUGAGCGUGGGGAGACUUGGUGGGAGAGUAGUUGCAUGCUUUUGCCACGAGUUUGCACUAAUUCUCUACGUCUACCUACCAACUGAUAAUGGGGAGCAGGAGUCAGUGUUGACGUACUAUCUCAAAACAACAGGUCACGGGACGCCACUGUCUUCGUGA